AUGGCCGAAACGUAUGAAAUCUUCGGGCAGAUGAAGAUGGGCCCGGGCACAGCAUGCCCGGUGGAGCUCAUGGGCAAAAAAGCAAAGCUGAAGUGCACUGAAGGUGAUGUCUUCGAGCUACCGGCAGACGCAGUUGCUUUGGCAUACAGGGCAAGGACCGACCUCCUUGACAAAGGCUGCGAUGCAGAGCUUCAGUACCCGAUCAAAAAGGCCGUCAUGCUCAAGCUGGUGGAGUACCUCAAGCAUCACAGAGAGCAUGCAUGCAGUGAGAUUCGGACUCCUCUCAUCAGUGACAACUUGGCCGAAUGUGGUGCUACACGCUGGGAUGCGAGCUUCGUGAAUAUGGACAAGGAGAUGCUGUUUGAUCUGACCGUCGCAGCCAGCUACCUUGACAUCCCCGGUCUUUGGUUCCUCCUUAGCGCAAAGGCGGCGAUCAUCACCAAUAAGAAAAGCGCAGACAAGCUCCGCAAGGAGUUCAGCAUGGCGAACGAUUUGCCAGCUGCAGAAGAGGCCGAGCUCAAGCGUGACAUUGCAGCCUCUUUGCGCCUGGAGGGUGAGGUGGAUCUCUCCCAGCUGGCGGCAUCAUCCGUUAUCCGAAGUGGUGUGAAGGCAGCAGAGUACAAGGCCGGCAUCAAGCAGCUAGAAGAUGGCUUGGAGCCGCCAUCCUCUGCAAUCUCCAACUUGUCUAGUUGGCGACAUGCCUUGUGGAGAGCUGCCGUGUUAGAUGACUGGAAGCUCUUGCAAAACGCACCAGAGCAGGUGAAGAAUGACCGCGACCUGGUGAAGAGUGCGAUCUUAACAAGCCAAGGAGCUGCCCUGAAGCUUGCUUCUCCAGAGAUGCGGGCAGACGAAGCACUAGUGCUCGAGGCCACAAAGUACUUCGGCACUGCCUUUGCAGAUGCCGCUCCGGAGCUACGAAACAACAAGGAUUUCCUUUUGAAGGCUUUGGGCGUCCAUGGAGGUGCCAUGACCGGAGCUCCCGAUGCUGUGCGAAAUGACAAGUCCUUCAUGCUGGGUGCGGCAAAGGCUGGCAAGGGUGCGGCGCUGCAGGGGGCCACCAUGGCUUUGAGAGACGACCGCAACUUGAUCCUCGAGAUGGCUGUGCACGAUGCCGAGGCUUACAAGCAUGCCUCAGAAGACUUGCUCAAUGACAAGGACUUCGCAGUUGCGGUGGCUAAGCGCAAUGGCAAGGCACUGAAGUUCAUGAUCCCUGCCUUCCGAGCAGACCCAGAUGUGGUGCGAGCUGCCAUCACCAGAGAUCCGCAGGCCGCGCAGUAUGCUCAUGCGUCUAGGCGAGCAGAGCUGGGCAUGAUCCAGGAUAGCAUGCAUGGAGAGGUCCAGCUGCAAGCGGAGCUGGAAAGCCAGAAGAAAGCAGCGCAGGAGGAGGCAGCAUCGACCUUGGCGCUUGCCACGACGGCUGGCCCCCGUCAGGUUCCCAUGCAGGCUCUUCCAUCCAGACCUACAUACACUUGCAUGAAGCUCCAGAAGACGGUGCAGUUUACGGCAAUGAGUACAAUGACUGCGAAUAUGGGCCAGUCCAAUUACAUUGCAGCGAACAGUUACCUGGACAAGAUUCCAGGGAUGCAGAGGCCGGAAAUCGAUGCGGUUGGCCUCAUGUGGGGUGCAGUCGGAGGCAUCGGAAUGCGCUUCAAGGCUUUUGCCUCGGAGGACGUCCUGAAUGCUACUCCAGAGCUGUUGCUCACCAUUCCCGACUCGUGCAAGGUGCUGUGCGCAGCAUGUUGUACCAUCAACCCGCCGGAGUGGUUCUCUGCAUCGCACUUCGACAAGUUCAGCCGGGAGAUGUACCUGACCCCCAGUGCAGGUCAGAUCAAGCUCGAAGAGCAGACAACUGAAGUAGCUGCCCAGGCGCACUGGGAGAAACAUCUUGAAGAUGACCGCAAAGCUCUACAGGACAUGGCCAGUGUCGACCGCCGCCCUGUUCCAGACAACUUUGCCUUGAUCAAGGCUCCCGCCCAGCCCGCUCUGGCAAAUGCGCCACUGGGGGGAUGGCCUAGCCUUGUGUCCAGUCAGCCAUCCAGCGGCGGCAGCGUGCCCCUGCAGAAGGGCACCAGGGUUCGCCUUACAGGCCUUCGUGCGAAGAAUGGUGUUUGUGGGACUUUGGUGCAGCAGUACGGCGAUGGCAAGUGGAAAGUGAAGCUAGAUGACGGAAGCUACACAUCUUCCUUUGUAGAAAUUCUCACGUGGAACAUUGGACUGCGCAGCGGAACCGCGGGAGCGAGCUGCGUCGUGUGGAACAGGUUUAUGUUCAUGGCCCUGGAUUCCAGGGGCGAGGAGCGCCUGCUGAUUUUUGGAGCCAAUGCAGGAAGCAAAGUUGAGAACGGCGGCCGGAUGCAUGCCGAACGCUUGGUCAACGAUUUGGUGCAGGAGAAGCUGCGCAACGACGAGCGUAACUGGGCAGCAAACAGUCCGAACCCUGCAGCCCUUGCAGCCUCAGCACAGAUGACCCUGGCUGUGGCCAUCAACCUGGAGAUACCUCCAAGCAUUUUUGGGAGGGAGAUACGGACGGAAAGAAAGUCAGUCGUGGUGGGCGAGAUAGCCGCAGCCGCAGUCGCAGGCAGACAUUGGGAAGUCGUCCCGACGCAGGCGCCGGGCUGUUGCAAUGCCUCUGGCCGCAUGGAUGCGGCAAGGGUGAACUCUCUGGAAGAUCCGCUCAAUCAAAUUUCGAAGCAGCAGAGGAAAGAUGGGCACUUGGAUCACGUGCGUCGAGCAGCUCCCGGCUUCAAUUUCCGCGAGGUCGGGAUUUACGGGACCCCUCUCAUGGCGCUCAUGGCAGUGGACAUCUGGAUACCUGAUGAGUUGAACGAGGUGAGCUUCCAGCAACGAGUGGCGGCUGCACAUUUCUGCAUGUCAAAUGGCGCAGACCCCCUGCAGCACGUUCCCUCGAACUGUUCCCACCAGCUUACAUUCGGCGAGCGGAAUGUUCCCUUCGCCAGCAACUCUGCCCGCUCCAUUGUGAGCACUCUGCAAGCAAUCUGGCAGAGCAUGGUGCCUCAAAUUCUUAUGGGGGCAGAGACGGAGGAGGACGCACAGGUCCUUCUCCAAGAGAUGACGACCACGGGAGACCGUCUGCGGACUUUCGAUCAGCUCUUCAGAGUGCCAUCUCCGAGGGGUAACCCCCAGCUGCCUGUGGCAUCUGAUCAGCGGGGAUUUUUUAGCAGGCGCUGGAGCGAGAUCUUGAAGGAUUACUCCACGGCCGAUGUAGAAAUUCUUGCGGUAACUGAUGACGGGCUGAGUCUGAGACCAGAUUUCAAGUCGCAUUGCCACUCCUUCGUCCUCUGCAAGGCUUCACCUGUCUUUGCGCGGCUGCUUGAGGAAGAUCCCUCGAGCCCCAAGCGCCUUGAGUUGGCCGCCACGGGCGCUGCGAUCAAGGCCUUCCUGCACUUGAUCUACACAGGCAGCUUCGAGGGCUCGACUUGGCCGGACGUUCCGUUGGUCGUCGCGGUGGCGCGCUUGGCCGCGGAGUCGCAGACCUGGUUCGUCCUGCCGGCGCUGGUGCAGCAUAUGCGCUGCAACCUCUCGGAGUUUACCUUCUGCCCCAUCUGCAAGUUUGCCCUAGACUUCCGGCAAGACAGCUUGCUGAGUGCUUGCCAGCACUUUGUCAGAACCUACGAGUCCAGGGUCGCUCAGAGCGAGUGGGUAUCCUGGUCAUCCUACCUGUCGGAUCAUGCGACGCAAGAUGUGCAACAGUUGGUCUACCAGGCCUUGCAUGGUGGCCACCGCGACUGUCGUGUCGCCCUCCCGACGACGGGACAGCCGCAGCAGGAGUCGUCGUCGAUGAAGCCAGCUCCUUGGACCCGGACGAAUGAGACCGGCUGCCGUUUGCUUCGCAUGUCGGUGCGGAUAGCGCAGUCCGGUUUCGAUUAUGCAAAAUGGGACCGUUUAGAAAUCAGUGACGAUGAGACUACGUUCCACCCCAAUCUGGACAAGGGCCUCAAUAUUCGCGUGAAUCGCAUCACGCGCGAAAGGAAGGAAGAUGAAAUCGAUGAGGAAAUCAAGAAGCUCACAGACAAGGGUGAUCUUGAGAAGGCUGCCAAGCUGGAAGGCCGCCGCCCAUUGCACGUCGACAACGUGUGCCGCGUCGCUGAGGAGCGCACCAUCAUCCAGUCUGGCGACGGUUCCAAGAAAGAUCGGCUUAAGAAAGGGGAAGAGUUCAGCGUGGAUGAGUAUACCAUGUUCAAACAAGACAACCAGAGACUUCUCGACAAAUUUGCAGAAGCCGACUGGGAGACUUCAGAGGGGCUUCUGAAAGAGUAUGGGCACAUCCUUAUGGAGAGUUACGCAAACAACUACUUCAUGCUGGAAGCCUUGGAUGCCGAGAUGCGUGGGGAAAGGUCUCUUAUGCUGAAACUGGGGCGUCAGGGUCAGAUCCUCUCGCAAAUUCAUCAACUGGCUGAGCCCAUGAAGCGACCACCUCGAGACUUGGUGCCUCGCUUCUUCGAGCGCUUCGAGCACGAGACUUCGCGGGCUGCAUUCGAAGAAGGGGUGAGCCAUUUCACUGCAAACAUCAUCUAA